AUGUCCGAUAUUUCGGCUCAGAGAGCGCCCACCAGAGGGCGGGGACUGUCGCGUGGCGGCAGAGGUGGCGGCGCGAUUGGCAGCAGAGGUGGCCGAAACGGUGCCGGAUUCAGAUCGAAUGGUGACUCUCACGACGAAGUUCCUCUGGAAGAACAGGGUGAACUCGGGAAGCUUAAGCAGAAAUAUGCUUCUCAAUUGACUCUUUUGAAAGAAAUGUUCCCAUCCUGGACCGAUGAAGAUCUCAUCAAUCCAUUGGAGGAAUCAUUCGGUAACGCAGAGAUGGCCGCAAGUCUCAUCUCGGAAGGUCACGCUACUCAAUGGAGCGACGUAAAAAAGAAGACUAAGGAAAAGCCAAAGCAGAAGGGCCCAUCCGCUACUACGAACGACGAAGGGUCUCGUGCAGGCCGCGGUGGCUUCAAAUCUGCUAGAGGUACUUUCGAAGGAGGAAGGGGUGGUACUCGCGGAGGCCGUGGCACUGACCGUGGAGCCUUCCGUGGAGGACGUGGAGGACUUGCUCCCCGUGGAGGGAAGACUACUAACGGAGCUGAAGCUACGACUACUGAAUCUUCGGAAUGGCCUGCUGCUACUCAGGAUGCCGGAGACGAAAAACAUACCGACGACUCGGCUGACCACAAGGAUUCGAAAGACGGCGCCGCCGAAGUCCCCACUUGGAAAUCGAUUGCUGCUGGAGAGGCCACUACAUCCCUGGUUGAAAAGAACAAACCCGUUACUCCGGCUGCUCCCAUGACAGCUUUAGAGAAGCCUGCUGCGAAGAGCUCCGUCCCCGCUGAACCUCCCAAGAAGACCUGGGCUAGCUUAUUGCAUACCGCUCCUCCACCUCCUCCACCACAACCACAACCUGUCCCUGUCGCCGCCCCGAAGAAACCACAAAGCCCUGUCCUGCCAAAGGUCGAACCCCCCGCUCCCGUCGCCGAAGCUGUUAUUCAGACUCCACCCACUACUACUGCUACUACUACGUCUCUUCCGCCUCCGCAAGAAGCUCCAGUCUCCCUCCCACCACCAGUUGCACCACCAUCGGUUAAGAAAUCUCCUAUCAUCGCACCUGCUCUACCGGAUAUAUCGACUCCAAAACUCCCACAAACUGAACUGGCCGCUCCACCAACUGCGACUGAAACUACCAAGGUAACUGAGGAUCCUGUUGAACCCGAACCCGUAACUGAGGAAGCCCCUGAAGAAAUAAUCCCCGAGGAAACUCCUGAAUCACUCCCAUCUCCGGCUCUGGACAAAUUAACUGAGGAAAACCUGGAAAAGAUCGAGAAUGUCGCUCCAGCUCCACCUACGUCUACUGCCGCAAGCACCGCCGCCACAACCCCACUCCCUCUCGGAUCCCUAUCGCCAGCCUCCAAGGUACUUCUUCCCGUACACCGUGCACACGGACACCGGUCUGGACUUCGCCGUAUGCUCGACCAACACGAAGCUGUCGUCAUGCCACGUGGUGAUUUCGUUGACCGAGCCGCUGUUCAAUUCGGCAGUAUGGGUCUAAACGGUGAACUCGACGACUCCGAGGAAGUCGAGCAACCAGAGAAACCAGAAACCGUCGCCCCACCCCAGCAAUCCCCAAUUGGCCAACCCAAGGCAGCUCUCCCUACCCCUGUCCCAGCCACUAGCACUCCGAGCGUCGCACCUUUGGGACAGCAACCAAUUGCAAUUCCACAGCAGCAGCAACAACAGCCCAUUCAAGAACAGCAACAGCCACCACAGCCACAACCGCAGGCUGUCUCUGUUCCACGUCACGCCCCCGGGUUGGCCGCACCCAUCCAGCAGCCGUCCCAUAGCAAUCCCCUAUCAUCAUCUCCUAGUGCCCCUCAGCAACUUCAACAACAACCUCCACAGUCUCUUGGACAAUCUCUCCCUCGUCAGUCCGGUUUCGGCGCCGAAACCACCAAAUUCGAUAGCUAUGGACAACAGCCACAUCUCACUGGACAGCAAAAUCCCGUCAGCCAAUCACCAUAUGGUGGUUACCAGAAUCAGACCCAGCAACCUUCCCAGCCUGCCGCCGACCCAUACGCUGGUUAUUACUCCGGUGCCAAUGAUCCGAAUAGGUCCUCGGGUUUCAACGCUUUCUACACUUCGCCAUAUGCGACCGCAGGAAACCAACAACAAACCCAGCCCACUGACCAGGCUGCAUCUCAACCCCGUUCUUCUAGUGCUCUAGGUGGAGGAGUUGGAGCUUCCCUCGAGACCGCCCAAUCUGGCGCCGCGGUUUCGGGAAGUCAGCAACAACAAAACCAACAAUCUAGGUUCGGAGCGUCGUUCCAAGGAAACGAGGCCUCGCAGCCGGGUCAAGCGGCUGCCCAACAAGGAGGGCCACAGCACCCAUCUCAGUACCCUAUGCACCCGUCUUACUACCCGUACUACAACUAUAUGUCUCAAAUGUACGGUCAUUAUGGCAGUUACCCGAAGGGGUUUUAUGGUGGUUCUCCUCAAGCUUACAUGUCUCCCGGAGGGUAUGAGCACUCCUCCUCUCCCGGAAACUAUGGUGGCUUUGGUGGCCCCGGUUCCCAGGGUGGCCGCGACACUUCCUCGAAUGAAUAUGGGCGCACUGGCGCUACCCAAGGCCAUGCUCAGCAGCAGCAGCAGCAGCAGCAACAGCAGCAACAGCAGCAACAACAACAGCAGCAACAGUCGCAGCACCCUAGCCUUGGAUAUGGCUCUGGUGGAAUGCCUGACUACAUGUCUUCUCGCCAGCACAAUCAAUUGGGAGGAUUUGGAACUCAACAACAGCAACAUGGGCUUGGUGGUCAACAAAGUGGCCACGCUGAAGACACCCUGAAGCCAUAUGGCGAAGCCAAGGCCCCUACAGGCCCCUCCGCCAACCCUGCCGGUGCUCCAGGAAGACCACCCAGCACUUCCGGUCUCUCCGGACCAGCCGGCCAGUCCCAAAUUCCUCAGGGACAAUCCCAACAACACCAGCAAAACCUUAUGGGAGGUUACCCACAACACCUUCAAGGUCAAUCCGGAGGUAACACUCCUCUCAUGGGAGGCAAUCAAGGUCAUCACAAUAGCCAGUACGGCAUGUAUGGCGGAUUUGGCUCCGGCUACCCCCAGUAUGGUAGCCAAGGAGGCAAUCGCCAGCAAGGCGGCUGGGGAUAUGGGGGGCACUAG